AUGUCGGGUAGAAGAGUGCCGCUGACGAGCAAUCCCAAUGCCGCCAACUCUCCCUUCCGAGCGGUUGCUGCUGCUUCAUCCAAGCAGAAGCGAUGCUAUGCCACUAUACAGCGCGAAGAACCUUAUGGGCAACCACCACCAGCUAAGAAGCAGAUGCUGGAAUCCUAUCAGCCAUUGAGAACACCGCCUCGCCAGCAAAACUCUCAAUUGUCUGUCGAGGGGCGUCUGUUUACGCGAAGGUCCAAUGCCCCUCAACCGUCUGCCUUCGAACGGAAGUGUGUUGCAGUACGAGACAGGCCUCAGCAGACGGUCACAAAGGCGGAGAAACCAACAGGAGACAAUUUGGAGUCAGUAAGGCAAUGGCAGAAGCACUACAGGAAGAAUUUCCCUUCCUUCGUCUUCUACUUCGAGAGCUUUGAGAGCAUACCAGAGGAUAUUCGUCUCAAGUACACAAAGCAAGUGAUAGCUCUUGGUGCGAGGGAAGAAAAAUUCUUUUCCAACGCAGUCACUCAUGUUGUGACUACUCGAUCAAUCCCUCCAGAGCUUAGUACUAGCUCAGCAGAGACGCCAAACACAUCAUCCACAGCCGAUCCAAACUCUCAGAACAGUCAACCUCAAACAAUUAACCCAUCGUUGUUGGACCGCUCCUCGGAGUCUGCAAAUACCCAUUCUGACUAUGGACCCAAAGGCAAAUUUACAUUUGAAGCACCAAUCAGUCGAAGGCUAGCACCUCAUGGACAUGAUGGAGAGAUCAAGAGACAGCAGGCCCGCAAUGCGGACGUUUUACACCGGGCACGAGAGCUAGGGAUGAAGAUAUGGGCACUUGAAAAGUUGCAACGAAUGAUGACGACUAUGUUUGAUACGGAUACAGGCUACCAGACGAUUCACGGACACAACACACGAAGCAAUUCAGUACAAGGAUCUACUGCGAUUCCUCGAACUACUCGGGAAGCAGAUCUCUCCCAACUCCUCCGCAACGAGCGAAUCAAUGGACCGUCUGAUCGAGAUCCUACUGUAGCUACCAAAGAGCUUGCGGUCUUCAAGGGCCCAUUUAUUUAUAUCCAUGACAUUGAUGAGAAGCAAAAGCCGAUUAUGGUUCGAGAGUAUGCCAAAGUAGCGCACAAAGAGGACGGAGAUUGGCCUCAGUUCCGAAGUGUAGCGAACGGCAAAUGCCCCUUUGUGGAAGAGGUUGAUCACGGUCGGCGGGAGGCAGAAAAAGAAAAGGAAUUGAUCAGACUUCAACGACAGCAAGAGAAGGAGAAGUCUAUGGUUCCGAGGACUCGUUCUGCAGCUGAAGCGUCAAAGAUGCAACCACCAAAACCCGUGACUGGCAAACGACCUCUAUCGGAGAUGGAGGACGGUUCCAAUCGAACUGUCACUGUAUCGACUAAACAAGCCAAUUCAUUCGUCCUGACGAAAAGCUCAUUCUCUCAGCGCACUGAUCCGGAAGGUUCUUCUAGAAGCAAUCAAAAUGCAUUCGUCAGUCGUGCCGGAGCAGGACGCCUCUUUGGAGGGGAACCCGUUGCAUCAGGUGUCCAGCCAUCUAAUAUCACCUCUGCUAUUCGCUCUCAGAUGAUCUCAUCAACAGCUGCUCAGCCAGGAGCCAAAGCCGGAACAAGCAAGGAAGUUCAUGGUUUGCAAAGAAAGGUGCUAGAGAGAAACAGUGGCGGCCCGGGUUCUUACGGGCUCGCAAGCUCCCAUCGAAUGACGGAUCUUUCUGCUGCUGUUAGAGACGAAGCACCAAAUCGAGCUGCGAAGCGGAAGGGACAAGACAAACUUGGGCUGAUCGAGGAAGAUGUAGACCCAUCUGAAGCAGAGGAGAAUGCUAGGAAGAUCGAAGCAACCCGCAAGGCUAAGGCAGUUCAGCAAAGGAAACUCGAGAAACGGGAUCCAAAGCCGGGUUAUUGUGAGAACUGCCAGGAUAAAUUUGAGGACUUUGAUGAGCACAUUUUGUCUAGAAAGCAUCGAAAGUUCGCCGAGAAAGUGGAAAACUGGAAGGACCUAGACGCCUUGUUGAACCAGCUCGCAAGGCCCCUGAGAGAAGCUGCGGAAGACGGUUAUUAA